UAUUCCUUACAACUCAGUUCCACAGGUAGGCUAGCACCCUCAUUGGUCAAUUUUCAGGAGGUUGCAGAGGAAAGACAUGAAAUCUCAUGUUCAGUGGCUUAUUCCCACAAUGAAGGUCUCCCGGAACAUUCCAAUGUGAUUCUAUGUGCAAAAGGUGCAGAGAAUGGAUCAGGAGCCCGUUUAACAUUGUAUUUCUUAUAUGGAUAAUUUGUGUUGCCAUCUCAGGACUACUGCUUGUUCUCAUGGUGACAGGAAUGUUAAACAGAGUCCUACCAGAGAAAGAUCAGAGAGAUGCAUGGGCUGAGGUGAAUAAUCAAAUUCUAAAUGCUCUCUUUACUCUAAUGAGUCUGUAUCAACACCCAAAGAGGCUCCACUACCUAGUAAUUUUGUGUAGGUGGAAGCCCAAGGACAUCUCCAGACUCAGAAAAGAAUACUGUAAGAAUGGCACCCAGAAACCCCAUGAGUGGGGCCACAUGAUGGUUGUUGUACUUCUCCUCAAUGUGAAUUGCAUUUCUCAAUAUGCCCUGUGUGGCCUUAAUUUGGGAUUCAAUAGACAUAACCGACCUGCUGCAGGAGUCGGUAUCUGCAUUGUUUUUGCAGUGAGUACUGGGGCAAUUGCUGGUUUGUACUCCAAUUUUAGCCCUCUCGGGAAGGAAUAUGAAUCUGAAUUUGAUGAGGAAGUGCAAAAUCAGACUUUCACCACUGACCCCACGGGCCAACAGAGCCGCCUAAAUGCCAGGUCUUUUGAGAAACGAUUCUCAUUUGUGUCAAGAAAUGACCAGAGGGUUAUUGAGAUUAGUCCUCAAUGGAGAGGCGGGAUAUUCAAUUUGUGGGACGAUGUUAAUCAAGCUUAUCUCUCUCUUUUUUGCUGUUUUUGUGUGUUUGGAUGGAACAUGGAAAGACUUGGGUUUGGUAACAUGUAUGUUCACAUAGCAACUUUUCUCCUCUUUUGUGUGGCUCCCUUCUGGAUAUUCAACUUGGCUGCCAUCAAUGUUGAUGAUGAGGGUGUGAGGCAGAUUUUGGGGUUAGUAGGUAUUGUGCUUUGUGUGUUUGGCUUACUCUAUGGUGGCUUCAGGAGGAUCCAAAUGAGAAAGAGAUUCAACUUGCCGGGGAAUAACUUGUGUUGUUGGAAACCAGCAUUGACUGAUUGUGCACAAAGGCUUUGUUGCGCUUGUUGCUCUCUUGCCCAGGAAGUUCGAACAGCUGACUACUAUGAUAUUGCAGAAAAUAAGUUCUAUACAAAGCAAGAUGAUAAUAGCCAGCCAGCAAUGCCCUCUUUCCCUCAUGAAGAUAGAGCCAUUCGGUUCAGUCCAAGUUCUCCAUUUUUGAACACUCCCAAUCCGUCAAACCCCUGGACAGAACACUUUCCGACUGCAAGCAGACUCCCAAAUUACUAUUAUUAUGGCCCAGAUGGAGAGCGUCCCCAGGUGGAGAAUUUUUCCAUCGUAGCUAAAGACGGCAUGAAUCCCCCUCUUCCAGUCAUGAUACAAGAGAGAAGAUAAUACCGACCAAAAGGUAUUAAAAAAAUAUUUAUUCGUUUGAAGGACCCUAGGACUAUAUCAUUUGUUAUGCAGACACAAUAUAAUCAUGUAUGUACUUGGAUGAGAUCAGUCUUAUAUGCACCUUCAUGCUUUCCCCUUUUAAAUUUCAAGUUGUAAUUUGCUGUCUCUGCUUUAUAUGUGCUCUUCCCUGAAGGAUUUUUUAGAUGUACAUGAUCUUCCAGCUAUAAGUUUAUUUAUUUAUUUUUAUUGGUAUCCUCCAGCUAUAUAUUU